UUCCUCACUCUGUCCAGCCGCCUCCAUCUCCGGAUGAAGAUGAUGAAGAUGUUCCCGGCGGCCGGAGCCAGGCUCGGCUCCAGCUCCAGUGAAGACGCAGCGGGUCGGUGAAGACAUGAGCCAGAACCGAUGGAGUCUCUGAACGCCGUGGAGCUCCGGGAGCUGCAGCGCCGCCGCUCGGCCAGCGGGGGGCGCCGCGCCGCCGGAGGCUUCGAGAACGUCUCCUACCAGCAGGACGACGAGCCGGAACCGGCCCGCGUCUGUCCGUCCAGAACCAGCACGCUGCAGGUUUCUCCAGAGUCGUGUGACGAUGAGGACGGCGGCGCCGCCGGAGGAGGAGGUGAUGAAGGUGUGGGCCUGGCGGCGCCGGGCCCGGCUGACGGCCGCUCUGCCGACCUGGGCUUCGUGGUGGCGCUGGUUCUGCUGGUGAGCGGCAUCGUGCUCGUGGUGGUGGCCUACACCGUCCCCCGAGACGCCGGCGUGGAUCCGGACUCUGUGUCGGCGCGGCAGAUGGAGAAGCUGGAGCUGCACUACGCCCGGCUGGGCUCGCACCUGGACAGGUGCAUCAUCGCCGGCCUGGGCCUGCUGACGCUGGGCGGGAUGUUCCUGUCCAUCCUGCUCAUGGUCUCCAUCUGCCGAGGCGAGAUGUACCGCCGCCGCGCCGCCUUCGUCCGGCCCAAAAGGACCUACGGCUCCAUCAACCUGAGGAUGAAGCAGCUGGCGACCGGAGAGGCGGACGGAGACGGGGUGGAGCGGGUUCUGGUGGAAAACACACAGCCAGGGUCCAGCCGGGACCAGAACUCAGAACCAGAAUCGAGCGGAACGCCGGCUGCUGCUUCAGCUGCAUGUGGAGUUUAGUCAGAAUUGAUCCAGUUGGAUCCGGUUCGGUCCAGUUGGAUCCCAGCCGUCAGAAACGGGACAAUUCUUUCAACCAAUCAGACGGCUCUGUGACGUUCGCAGACAGGAAGUGGAGCGGUAAGGUCCGGUGGACGGGAACUCAUCUGGACAUGAUUACAGAUCAGAAUCUAUGAAACAAUUCACUGCAAACUAAAUUGAUCAACCAGUAUUUUAGUUUUUAGUGCAAAUACUCCAGUUCACUUGAAAUAAGACAAACUGUGGUACAUUUUAGCUUCAGUUUGUUUUCAGGAAAUAAUCUUUGAACAUUUAUUCUAAAUACAUUUUAUCUCCUCCAGCUGAUUUCUUUACUUCUAUAACUUUUUAAUCAUUACUAAAGAAUUAUAGACUUAAAACAAACUUAUUGCUGAAGAUUUACUUACAAGUUAGGUUUGUAUUAUUUCCAGUAUUUUAAGAUAUUUGCACUAGAAACUGAACUAAAAUACUUGAAAAAAAUUUGUGUUUUUGCAGUGUCAUAAUUCCUGCUAUUUGAAUCCUAUUAAAGCUAUAAAAGCACA